UUUCUUUUUUCCGUGUGAAAUUGAAACGUCAUUAAAUAUGCAUGUACAUGAUGUAUCUAGGGACACAUCUUAUAGAUCGCAAAAAAUCAAAUACUUGUAUUAGGGUAACUUCCAUUUGAUCCAUAGAGCCAAUUACCGUACAUCUCUGCGGGUUGAGGUCAUAGCGAGUAAAUUAAUGCCUCUCAAGUAAGGCUCGAACCCGGGUUUAGUUUGGAGGUGAGGUCAUAGCGAAUAAAUUAAUUCCUCUCAAGUGAGGUUCGAGCCCUCGUUUCGAGAGCUUCCCCCUCAUUUGGAGGCCAGUCAACGAAUUACUGAGUUGCCUAUACUAAAAAGUUGCAUAGUCAAAUAUUGUUAUGGAAAUUAUUAUUAUUAUUAUUAUUAUUACUCGCGACUAAUCAAUGUUAUGGAAACAUGAUAUUCAAAUUGAAUGUGAAGAACCAAACCAUUAUUUGAUUUCAUUUCUAGAGAAGAUAAGCAAUUAGAAGACAAGUGAGGAGGCUCAAAAACUGAUAACAAAAGCUAUUGUGCAAGAACAGAGUCGAGAUCCAUGGAAGAAACAAAGGUAAAAAAUAAAAUGAACAAUAACUUAACGUGCUGAUCCAUUUUUUUGCUAACAACUUACGAUGUUCUUGCUGUGAUUUCUCAUUUGAUUUUACGUUUCGGGUUUUAUUUUGUUUGGUCCUUACAAUCUCAUGAAACAGAGUCGAGAAAUAUGGCUAACGUUUCUUUUACUCUUGAUUCUCAGGGACAAACUCAGGAAUUGAGGCCGAGUGGAUUAGGGGGUAGAUCUGAUGAGAGAACUGGUAGGAGACAUGGAAAAGAGCCAGAGAAGAUGGAGAAAGAAGACUUGAGUUUUGGAAUAAGCGAGGAGGGUGAGAUUCCUGAUCAACAAGAGUCAGAUGCAUUCUCAGACGCGCGAUAUUAUCUGAGACAACAACAGAGAGUGAGUAAUGUUGAGAUGCAGAGGAGAAGCCAUGAAACAGAGUCGAGAUUAUGGCAAAGGGCUAGAACUCCUGAUUCGAGAGGAAGUGGAUCCACAAUGAUGUUGGAGGAGAGAACUCAGGGGAGAUCCGAACCGGUGCUAAGUGCGUAUCCAAUUCGCCCCGGUGAAGAAAAUUGUCCGUUUUAUCUAAAAAAUCAUCUGUGUGGCUGGGGAAGCGAUUGUUGUUACAAUCAUCCUCCUCUACAUGAGAUUCCGUACAGGAUUGGUAAUAAGCUGGAUUGCAAGUUUUUUAAGGCAGGAUCUUGUAAGAGAGGCUCAAAUUGUCAAUUUUAUCACCCAAGGGAUGGUGCAGAACCUAUGCGUCAGGGUAGAACUCCGGAUUUGAGAAGGAAUGAUUCAGGGAGGAGGAGGUACAAAACAGAGGCAAGAUCCUGGCCAGAGAAGAGGGUAAGGAUAAACAGAACAACAACUUACUCUCUUAUUUUGCUGAAACAAGAGUUUAUACGGAUUUCGCAGGAGAAAGAAGACUCUGGAUUUAGAAGAAACGAAGUGGGUCAGUUUCGUGAUCACCAAGACUCUGACGAAGACUCGCAAGAGAUUCUGCUACAACAGAGACCUAGAGAUGUUGAGAUGCGGAAGAGGUCUAGAAGUCCUGGUUGGAGAGCGAGUUCAUCAAGAGAAACAUUUGAAAAUACAUGUCAAAGACGCCAUGGAAAGGAGUUGGCCUUGUCCAAGCGAGCGAGGGUAAAGAAAAUGAAAAACCUGAUUUUGUUCUUUGUUUUAUUCACUUAUGAUCCUGAGUCCUUUGACUCAACUCUUUGCUUUUUCUUCAAAAAAAAUUUAUGGUAGGAUCUUCAGAAACCGAGACAAAGGAACAUGGAGAGGCAGAGGAGAGAAGCUCAAGAGAAUCUGCAACAACAGUGGUUUCAGGUAAAGAAACUGAACCGAGACCUACUUAUGUUUAUUUGCUGAUGAUGCCAGAGAAUCACAACGUAGAUGUUCAACAGAAUCUGCAGGAACAGAGAAAGAGAAACAUUGAGAAGGCGAGAAUCGAAGCUCGUUUGAAACUUGAUCAGGUGUUUAGUUGAAUCAUCAACAUUUUCUCAAUUGAUUUCAUUAUAAAAUAAUAAUUAUACUUGACAAAAGUUUCUCAUGUGAGUUGAUUUUUUUUUUUUCUUCAGAUGCGACGCACUGUUGUAUUUGACGAAUAUGAUCGAGCCAGUAAAAUGAUGAGAGAAUUGGGAUUUACUUAUCUCACAGGCUCCUUCCUUGGAAGACAAGAAAUGGAGAAAUGGAUAUUUAGGUCAAGAUGAACAUCGUUUUUGUUUUUGUUGGGUCAGAAAACAUUGUGUGUUAAGUCAGAUUUAAACUAUUUUAUUUUAUUUUAAACUAUGUUAUAUUCUGUCAUAAGAGAAUUGGUUUAAAACUAUUGACGCAUAAUUUAACAUGUCAAGCUUGGUACAACGUCUAGUUAGUAGCAUAAGCAUGUGGAAGUAUAAUGUUAAGUGUGGUAAAAUGGUUUUCCACGUUUUUGUUAAUCAUUGUUCUGAUUGGUAAGUUGCUUAACGACAGAAUGAUCAUGCCAUUUUAAUAGAUUUUUGGACUAGUACACCAUAUGAUAUAUGGUCCAUAUCUUUUGUUUUUGUGAAAAGGUUAUCUUAUUCUGUUUAUGUUUUCUAAUGGCUUAU